UUAGUUAAUAACAUAAUCUAGUUCUAUAUGUACUUACAAAUUUGAAUUUACAUUACGAUUAACCCCUGGAGCUGAAGAUAAUUUGCAAAGUUGUUACUAUUGAAACUCAGUUCCUGUAGCAAAGUUUUUAUACAAGUAAAUUUUUGGAGAUGUGUAGUUAUUACAACGCGUUAUAUUAAAAUCGUUUUCACGUUCAAUUUCUCCUUAACCUUAUCAAUGGUUAAAUUAUCUAUGUUAAUCAAACGAUAAGCUUUAUGACUAAGAAUUUAUUUAGUCUGAGUUCGUAACUAAUAUUUACGAUUAAUAUUGAACUGCUACCAGGAAAUGUGAGAAGAAACAUAAAACUGUUCGACUGUUCCCAUAUCGAACAAAUAUGUUCUUAAAAUGUAAAUUCUGAAAGCCAUGUGCAAGUAAAAACAGGCGACGGUCUGGCAACACUGUCUUCCCGAUCCGCUGCGAUGCGCGCUAUUGAUUUUAAACACAUGUUUGGUAAUGGAAAUGAAUGGAAUCGUUUCUAUUCGUUCAGAUUCAGACCGCUACAGAGUUUCCGUGUGUUGUGGUGCGAUGAAUUUACGUUAAAUUGCUAGAAACGGCAGAAAACAAACUAUUUCACACGUUCAUCUUUAUCACGAUUCACUAAUGUGGUGGUACUUGCCGGGUGAUCUUUUUUUUUAUUAACAGAUAAACAAGUGAGCAAUGGAAGUGUAGAAGCAGUCACUACCCAAUUAUGACGUCAACUUUAGGCGAUAAGGACACCAUCAAACAGGUUAUUUUAGGGCCUACUACAUUAGGUUGUUUUUGUUAUAUUUGACUAUUUAUUUUCCCUUAAAUACAAAUUUUAAUAUGAAAUGAUGUGAGUUUUCAUUUUAAACAUGGAGGAAAUUGGAAACGGAAGUUUGGCUAAAUAGAAAUUUUUUAAACAAAAAACAUUGUUCUCGACGGAGUGUAUAAAUUUAAUAUCAUGGCCCAGUGCCGACUUAGUGGUGAUUUAUCUACAGUCGAAGACAAUCAAUAAGCAGCGGGUUUGUACGAUUUAUGUUCUACCUACAUUUAAAGGGAUUGCACGUGGAAGUUAUGUUUAAAGACAAGCAUCUCAUACGCGACUAGCUGCCCAGGGCUACGCGAAUAAAAUGUACGCCUGAUGACUUUCACCGGGUCAACGAUUUCCAGAUAAACAUAAUUAUUAGCCUACCAACAUCACUUAUCGGUAUACGCUAAAGGUGUCACAAUGCCCACUAUGAAGUCACUGAGAUCAUUUUUUUUGCGAAGAGUACCAAUUUUGCAAUGGGGUAGAAAAUACAACUCGAAAAAAUUCCUCAGCGACGCCAUAGCCGGUUUCACUGUAGGACUCACGGUGAUGCCCCAGGCACUGGCCUAUGCAACCCUAGGAGGUCUCGAACCACAGUACGGACUGUAUUCGGCAUUCGCAGGAUGUUUCAUAUACACAAUAUUUGGUAGUAUUAAGGACAUAACUAUAGGACCAACAGCCCUCAUGGCACUAAUGACAUACCAACAAGUAAUUGGGCGGAACACGGACUACGCCAUACUUUUAUGUUUUCUUUCCGGUGUUGUACAAUUGGUCAUGGCAGUAUUACAUUUAGGAGUAUUGGUAGAUUUUAUUUCAGUGCCAGUGACAAUUGGUUUUACAUCCGCCACAUCUGUGAUAAUAGGUAGCUCGCAGCUAGGUAGCCUCUUUGGCCUAAAAAUUUCUUCUUCGACCUUUUUUGAUACUAUGACCAAAUUCUCUCAGAAUAUUCAAGAUACCAAAUUUCCCGACCUAAUUUUGGGAAGCGGAUGCAUCGUGGCACUCCUACUAUUAAGAAAACUGAAAGAUUUCAAAUUUGGUUCGAAAAAAUCGAAACCUACGAGAAACGAGAACUGUGCGAAUUAUGUGCUGUGGCUCAUAUCGACGUCGAGGAAUGCAAUUGUAGUUGUAGCGUGCAGCGUGGCAGCGUAUUUGUACGAAACUAAUGGGUCCGGGUCUCCUUUCCGGCUAACAGGAAAAAUAAAAUCCGGGUUACCGGAACUGAACCUGCCACCUUUCCACACAAAUGUUAACGGGACAGAGAAAAACUUUCCCGACAUGUUAAGCGAUUUGGGAAGUUCGGUCGUCUUAGUGCCGAUAAUCGCUGUAUUGGGAAAUGUAGCUAUAGCCAAAGCGUUUGCUAGUGGAGAAAUCAUUGACGCAACACAAGAACUUAUCACUCUCUCCUUCUGCAACAUUAUUGGCUCAUUUUUCUCAUCUAUGCCGAUCACAGGAUCCUUUUCGAGAUCGGCUGUAAAUCACGCCAGCGGCGUUCAAACUCCAUUCAGUGGCGUAGUAACAGGAAUUAUGGUCCUGCUCGCUUUAAGCUUUCUCACUCCGUAUUUCACUUAUAUACCGAAAGCUUCAUUGGCGGCGGUCAUAAUUUGUGCGGUAAUAUUUAUGAUCGAGUACGAAGUUGUAAAGCCAAUGUGGCAGACCAGCAAAAAAGAUCUUCUAGCGACAUUUGCAACGUUCUUGUUUUGCCUUAUCAUCGGAGUGGAAUAUGGAAUUUUAGUAGGAGUCGGAAUCAACAUUAUGUUCCUGCUGUAUCCAUCAGCGAGGCCAAAAGUUCACGUUGAAAAAUUAGUGACUGCGAACAACAAGCACUACGUAGUCAUAACGCCCGGAAAUAGUUUAUAUUUUCCGGCGGUGGAUUUCAUUAAAAACAGUGUUGCCAAAGCAGGAGUGUUGUCUAAAAACUUGCCUGUUGUUGUCGACUGUCAAUUUAUACUGGGCGCCGAUUUUACGGCAGCAAAAGGAAUCGCUGCCUUAAUAAAUGAGUUCAUGAUCAGAAAACAACCUUUGUACUUCAUUAACACUAGAAAGGAGGUGGCAUCUAUGUUUGAAGGAGUCAUUCGAGAAGACUUUAAAUAUUUUAACUCUGUGAAUGAAUUGGAAAAGUGCAUUGACGAUGAGAAGUACCUAAAUGAAGAGGAGCAAACACUAAUAACAAGCCCAAAUGAUGACAAUUGUCAAAAAAAUGCCCAGUUGCGGGAAAUUACCUGCUCAAUCAGUUAUAGAAAAAAUUCACAUUAUGAAUCUAAAAUUUAAGGAGCUGCAUAAG